CUCCCUGCGAGGCCACUGGCUUCGCUCUGCGGCCUGGGCUCAGCUCCCGCUCUCUCCGCUUCCUCCUACAGCUCGCGCUCUGCUUUCUGCCUCCCCGCCACUGACCCCAAGCCCAGGUCUGUGCGUCUCAGCCUUGGCGGUGGGCCUGCUCAGGGUCGGCAGCCACAGCCCCUCUUCCACCCGGAGGGUGUCGGGCUGAGCUGAGCACCAGGGCAAUCCGAGGCGGCAGCUGAGAUGGUGGAAGAGCUGUGGAUGGCUUGCGCCGAGCCCUCGAAGACCCUACAUGGGGGGACACAGGGGAGAGGCUUCCCCAACCAGACCGAGGGAGGUGCAUGUUUACCGAAAUGCCCCCCCCCUUGUCUGGAAGGUGGGAGAGCCCUCCCAGCUGCGACUUCCUUCCUGUCUCACUGCACGCCUCUUAGCGCCAUCCUGAGCGUCCAGGACAGAGAGGAGCCGGAGGUGAGCCGGUGUCACCAAUGAAGAGCGAGGACAUGUACCUGAACCCCAACGGAAGUGCUUGUUCCCGGAUCUGGCAGCACCCCCGUUUCGUGGCCAGGAAAAGGGGCUCUGUGGUAAAGAUGCGGUGCCACACGGACAGCUCCAGCCUCUCUAGCAUCGUGACCUGGUUCCGGAAGCAGGAGACGGACAAGGAGUCCCAGAAGCUGUCCCCGGAGCAGGGCCACAUCCUGCAGACCCACAACGGCACCGUCCACACCCUCACCAUUCAAGGCAUCCAGUUUGAGGACAACGGCAUCUACUUCUGCCAGCAGGAGUGCAGCGGGAAGCACCCCAGCGUCUUCCAGGGCUGCGGCACAGAACUCCGAGUCAUGGGGUUCAGCACCGUGGCACAGCUGAAGCAGCGGAAUACACUGAAGGACGGCAUCAUCAUGAUCCAGACCCUGCUCAUCAUCCUCUUCAUCAUUGUGCCCAUCUUCCUGCUGCUGGACAAGGAUGAAGGCAAAGCCGGGAUGGAGGAAGACCACACCUAUGAGGGCCUGGACAUUGACCAGACAGCCACCUAUGAGGAUAUAGUGACUCUGCGGACAGGGGAGGUGAAGUGGUCUGUCGGGGAGCACCCGGGUCAGGAGUGAGGAGCUAGCCCCUCACCCUAGGACGGCACCUGGGCCUCACUGACUGCAUCGGAGCUGCCUGGUUCAUGGCCCACCCCCUCCUCCCUGGACCCCCCGCCGGCCUCUGAGGCCAGCCCGCCAGAGCCACCUCCCCGUCCAGCUAUGGGUCCCCAGCUCCUACAAAGGACCUAGCACAGAAGGACAACACACAGCGACUUGGAGCGGGGCGUUCUCUGGGGACAGACUGGGCCCAGCCUUCUGUGGGUGCUAUGCAGGAUCCCCGCCUCUGGGACACGAAAGCAGAGACUGGUUGAAAGCUGCAAAUGGACUCAAAGCAGACUAGCUUCAUAGAGGGCCUUGGAAGGGCCGUGGCCCCCAAGGACCCCAGGACGGCCAUCGAGAACUCCGUUCCUCUCUCCCAUCCUCUCCCACCUAACGGCGCACCGUGCCGGAGCCCAUUCUCCCAUGGAAUAAACCGUGUGUCUGACAACCCCCA